AGUCUCAAACUCUAUAAAUACUUCAACGCUACAGUUGCAAAACACAUCUCAAAAUCGAAACACAAAAACAAACAAAUAUGACUACUUCUACUUCAAUCAGAUCCAUAACCCUAGCUCUCACAGUCUUCUCUGUGUUACUGAUCUCCUUGUCUCUCUCCGGCGUCACAGCGACGGAGACGACGCGGAGCGAGGCGGAGGCACGGCGGAUGUACGAGCGGUGGCUAGUUGAGAAUCGAAAGAACUACAACGGUCUUGGAGAGAAAGAGAGACGGUUCGAGAUCUUCAAAGACAACUUGAAGUUCGUGGAAGAGCACAAUUCGGUACCGGAUCGGACUUUCGAAGUAGGGUUGAACCGGUUCGCUGAUUUGACUAACGACGAGUUUCGUGCGGUUUACUUGAGGAGGAAGAUGGAGAGAACUAGGGUUCCGGUGAAGGGAGAGAGGUAUUUGUAUAAGGCUGGUGAUAGUUUGCCUGAUGAAAUCGAUUGGAGAGCUAAAGGUGCUGUGAAUCCAGUCAAAGAUCAAGGAAACUGUGGAAGUUGUUGGGCGUUUUCUGCGAUUGGAGCGGUUGAAGGGCUAAACCAGAUUAAGACAGGGGAGUUGAUAUCUUUGUCGGAGCAAGAACUUGUUGAUUGUGACACGAGUUACAAUGGUGGUUGUGCUGGAGGUCUUAUGGACUAUGCUUUUCAGUUCAUUAUUAAAAACGGUGGGAUUGAUACAGAGGAAGACUAUCCUUAUGUCGGAACUGAUGUUAACAUGUGCAAUUCCGAUAAGAAGAACACUCGUGUUGUUACGAUUGAUGGUUAUGAGGAUGUUCCUCGAAACGAUGAGAAGUCUUUGAAGAAGGCUCUUGCUAACCAACCAAUUAGUGUCGCUAUUGAAGCCGGUGGCAGAGCUUUCCAGCUUUACAAAUCUGUAAAUUUUCAGUGAACCUUACUUUGGUUUCGUUCAUCCAAGA